AUGUGUGAGCCGAAGAAGACUUGGAAAAGUCGAUUUGCCUUCUUAAAGGAUCCGAAAUUUUUAAAGGUCCUUUUCUUGGGUCAAUUACUCUCGCUUUGCAUUACUGGUACGAAUGUGACCACCACGAAGCUAGGCAACGAUUACAAUUUUGCGGCUCCUACGACCCAAACUUUUCUUGUCUAUGCCUGCUUAGCAUUGGUAUAUAAUUCUUUUGCCAUUUACAAGCGUGGUAUUCGUGGUUGGCUACUUCAGUUCUGGCGCCGAGGCAUCUACUAUUUCAUUCUUGGAUUAAUCGAUGUCGAAGGCAACUAUUUUGUCGUUAAAUCGUACCAAUAUACGUCCUUACUGUCUGCGAUGCUUCUCGAUUGCUGGAGUACGCCUGUUUGUAUGAUCUUAUCCUUCCUCUUUUUGAAAGUAAGAUACAAAUGGGUCCAGUAUGUCGGUGUCUUCAUCGCGUUGUGUGGUCUCGGUAUGUUGGUCGGUAGCGAUGUCAUGACGGACAAGAACUAUGCAGCAGCCGAUGCUGUCAAGGGCGAUCUGUUCUGCUUACUUGGUGCAACGCUGUAUGGUUUUUCCAACGUGGGUGAAGAGAUCAUGGCGCGCAAGCAUCCUUUGUACGAGGUGAUCGGCAUGUUCACUUUCUUUGCGACCUUCAUCAACUUUGUUCAACUCAUGAUCCUGGAACGAUCCGAAUUUGCUUCCUUUGUGAAUCAAGGUGAAGCUAUUGCCAUGGUGAUUGUGUAUACAUGUUGCAUGUUUGUGCUGUACUCUCUUGCUCCGGUCAUGUUCCGUCUCGGCAGUGCGGUUCUGUACAACCUGUCGUUGUUAACGAGUGAUUUCUACGGUCUGAUCUUUGGUCUUGGCUUGUUUGGCUACAAGGUGACGUUCUUGUACCCGAUUGCGUACGUGGUGAUCAUCAUUGGUAUCGCCAUUUAUCAUAUUUUCCCUGCUCCUGAACCAGCCAUGGGUACUUUUACCAAAGAAGUGGCUCUCAAGGAAAAAAAUGACCUGUUUGGCGUGAAACCCGACGAUCCCGAGCAAGGUCGUCGUGCAUCGUCCGUCAUGGAGAAUGUUCCCGAACGAAUUCCAGCCGACGAUGCCAAGAUGAAAGAUGAAACGGCCUAG